UGCCAUCAUGAAGCUGCUGCUGCUGCUCGCUGUGCUCUCAGUUGGUGAAGGUGACAACAGUGCCAGAGUUGCAGGCCGAGCAGGUGACAACGUCACUCUGUCCUGUCACUACAACGUGACGACUAACGGGUUUCUGUCAGUUUGCUGGAAUCGAGGAACGUUAUCAGCAUUUAAGUGCAACAAUCCGCUCAUCGCUGUAGACAAGCUGAGGGUGAGAGAGGGCAGCAGAGUGUCCAGCAGGUAUCAGCUGCUGGGACAGCUGCACCAGGGGAAUGUGUCCCUGACCAUUCUGAAUGUCACAGAGACAGACACUGGACCAUACGGCUGCAGAGUUGACAUCCCCGGCUGGUUCAACGAUGACAAACACCACUUUGAUUUGACUGUUGACUCAGCUCCACAGACGACCACAUCAGGGAACUCAGAGACGUCAACAAUGCAGACUUCAUACACACACACUGCAGGUCACAUGAACGCCACAGAAACCGUCCUGAGUUCCACCUUUAGCAGCAUCAUCAGACAGCAUGAAAGCAGCAGUUUGACUGUGGCUGUGGUGUAUGUCUUGUUCGGGUUGAUAGUUUCAACCACAGCGAGCGGAGCCGCCAUACUCGUGAGAAAAUGGAUGGGACUCCACAAAGUGCGUCAGCAGCAGCAGCUCAACGGUUCUGUACAGUUCAGUCUGUCCGGGCUGCAGAGCCAAAGUCGAGAGUCUGUGGUCGACAACAUUUAUGAGAGAGAAGAAGACGUCAACACAGUUGUGUACGAGUCGUGCCCCUGAAAUGUGAAGCCCACUGACCUGCCUGGGGUCAAGUCAACAGACGGACGGACAGAAUGUGAACGCAGCAUCAGAGAGCAUUAUGGACAUGGACAUUCCAGAGCUGUGAUGUCACAGUGCUGGACAUUUUGUUGAAGGAUAGCAACAACAUACAAGGCUCAUGGGUAAUGAGGUGUUGAAAAUGAGCGUCAGUGUCUUUACAUGAUUUCUUGUAUUUAUCAGAUUGUUAAUAAA